AAACAUAAAAACACACCAUGGGAUUAGCAGGACAAAAGGAAAAGCAACGUAUUAGUCAAGAUCCCAACAAUUUAUUUUGGAGUAAAGAUGAAAGCAAGUUUGGGUUCCGCAUGAUGCAAAAGAUGGGAUGGACACCUGGUAAAGGUUUGGGUGUGAAGGAAGACGGUAACAAAGAUCAUGUCAAGAUCAAGCUCAAGGACAAUGUGCUUGGUGUGGGUGCUACUAAAAAGAACAUUGAUAAUUGGCUUGGUAAUACCGAUGCCUUUUCUCGCUUGUUGGCUGAUUUAAAUGCCUCCCCAUCCCCUUCUGAAGAAGGCAGUGUGGAAGGUGAUGUCGAGGUUAUUGUCGAGACAAAGACAGAGGAAACGAAGAAGGAAACGAAGAAGGAAAAGAAGAAGGAAAAGAAGGAAAAGAAAGAGAAAAAGGAAAAGAAAGAGAAAAAGUCCAAGAAGAGAGAUAGAGAGGACGACGAAGAGGAGGAAGACGAAGAAAAGAAGGCAAAGAGAGCUAGAAAGGAGGAAAAGAAGGCUAAAAAGGCAGCCAAGGCAGCCAAAAAGGAAGCUAAAAAGGCCAAGAAGGCCAAGAAGGAAGAAGCACCUGCUGCACCUGUCUACCGUAACGCUGCGCGUGCAAAGUUCUUGCGUGCAAAGAGAAUGGCUCAUAGUGGAGAUGAUAAGACUCGUUUAAAUGAGAUUUUAGGUAUCAAGGCACCUAGUGGAUAUCAAACCGUUGAGACCACCGAAACUACCUUUAUGGCCUCCUUUUCUAUUUAAUUUUUUAUAACCCCCUCUCCCAUCCCAUCCCCAACAGCAUAUUGUACAAAAUAAUACUACGUCUCUUUUUUUAUUUAUUUUAUUUUCGUUUGUUUAACAACUCGCAUUGUGACAUAAAUGAUCAACUGUCAACUGGCAACUGUUUUACCCUGUACAAGAAAAGAGAGAGAGAAAGAGAGAGAAUAUGUGGGGG